AUUACGAGUUGAUAAAAGAAGUGGGUAAUGGGUCUUUUGGUGUUGUCCUUCAAGCACAACACAAGAGUACAGGCCAACUGGUGGCCGUUAAAAAGAUGAAAAAGAAGAUUUCAUCUUGGGAAAAGGCAUGUGAGUUACGGGAAUUUAAGUCAAACAAAAAUAAUACUGCCAAAAUUGACAAUAAAGAUGAUGAUGAUAAUAUUGAAUAUAUUGUGAAAAUUGGCGAUUUCGGUUUGGCCAGAGAAAUAAAGUCAAGGCCACCUUAUACAGACUAUGUUAGUACGCGAUGGUAUCGCGCGCCAGAAGUUCUCCUAAGAUCUACUAGUUACUCUGCACCGAUAGAUCUAUGGGCAAUCGGUGCUAUUAUGGCUGAAUUGUAUACACUGAAACCGCUUUUCCCUGGCCAAAGUGAGAUUGAUCAAAUGUUCAAAAUAUGUGCUUUAUUAGGGAAUCCUAGUAGUACUUGUAUAGAUGAUGUUUCGGGCCAGAUUGACACUGUGGGAGGUGGUGAAUGGAAAGAAGGCUUAAAAUUGGCAAAGAGUGUAGGAUUUGUCUUCCCAUCGACUCCUCCUCAACCACUCUCAAAAAGGUUUCCAUUAACUACUUCAGAAUCAUUACUACAAAUGAUCAAUAAUUUAUUACGUUAUAAUCCAAGAAACCGUCUCACUGCACUUGACGCGUUAAAGCAUCCUUACUUUGCAGAAGCUAAUCUAGUAGUAGAUUCCUUGUGUCUAGAAGAAAAAUCAAUGAUCACGGCAACGAAAGUAAUCGAAAAAAAACGAAAGAAUGAUUUCUCUGCAUUGCGAAAACUAGCACAAGGCGUUACUCCAGUGCCAUACGACAAAAAAAAUACAAGAUACUCGUGGAGUAAAGCCGAAGAAUUACAAAAACAGGAGAAAAUAGAACAGCAAAUCGAGCCGAUUACUAUUGAUAGAACAAAAUCCAAUAAUAAAAACUGGAUUACACUUCCUCCGUUAAAUAUUGAUGCCGCCAAUGACAUAAGACAAAAUGAAUUUGUUUUGCCGACUAUUAAAGCUGUGAGUCCUUUUGGGUCUGAGCAACAACCAAUCAUUGGAGGGAAUAAUAGAUUUACUAGUAGUGCAGAUGGGAUUGCUCAUGAACAAAGACCACGAGACGGAAAAUUGUCCUUGUCUGUCAACGACGACGAUUUAGGAUGUUUUCAUGCUUCUAGAUCUGCGCCGCCGCUUUCUAGAAUGUAUCUUCCCGAAACGCUACUGCCAAUCAAGAACUUCACAAGUGAAAUUGAACAUUUAAUAGAUAUGAUAAAUAAUCCUAAUAGAACAACAAACACUAAUGUAGCAGUAAUGCCAACACAAAAAUUUGAAUUGAAAAUGGGUCAUAAGCGAAGUCGAUCAAACACAACUGGUGAUAUUGAUCAGAUGGUAAAAGAGAUUGAUGAAAUAAAUAAUAAUGGAGUAGUGAGCGAGUCUAGUAAUUCUAAUCAACUCUCGUUGAACACGACAAAAACUGUGGAUCUGAAAAGUUACCAAUUACCAGAUGAUGUCAUGAAUUUUUUUGGACCCUCAGACGACUCGAGGGAGAUAAUAAGAAAAUCAUCAUGGUCGUCUAAAGAUUUUAUGAAAGUUCAUCGUCGAUAUUCUUCAACUUCUGCAACUUCUUCGGUGGUACAAGAAGAGUCAUUUUAUUCAUUGGAUUUGCCUUAUCAAGAUAAAUCCAAAUCAUCAUCUUCUUCUUCCACGACAACACCUUAUGCGACUCGAUAUUACGGACAGCAUAUGAAAACUUGGCAUCAAAUGUGCCAAGAUGAGAAUAGUAGAGUUACAGCGUUUGACGCAAACCUUGGCAUAGUAAACGAUGACAUUUCUUAUGAAACUACACCAACCAUCCUUGAGCAUCAUCAAUCCGAAUCGUCGCCGAACUCGAUGUCAAAUACAACUUAUGGGUUCUUUUCAAACUUGAAAGCGGCUGUACGAUCCCAUGCGUACUCUCCGACUAAACAUCACAACUUACAAAACAUAAAUAAUAGCGAUAUGGAAGAACCUCUGUCGAGAUCUAGUGCACCACAUUUAUUGCCACCAACUUUACCUUUUCCAAUUAGACGUCCGACAUUAAUACCUGAUGAAGCUGAUAACAAUAGCCACGAGAUUUUUAAUGAGAAUGAAAUGAAGCCAGAAGAUUUAAAGACAACACCACCGUUAGCAUAUAGCAUAGAAACAAAUUCGUUUGUGACAAAGGAAAGCUCUAACAAAGUAGAUCCUCAACCUUUGAAAGGGAAGUUAUCGAUACCAGAAUCUUUGAAUUCCGCACAAAAUUCUUUUUUUUCUCCCGAUUCUUCUAUAACGAAAAAAAAUCAUGACCAGCCAUUGCUACCACCAAUUGUCGUUAUGACAUCAGACGACAGCAGUCACAAGCACAGUAAUAAUGGUAGUAAUAAGCUUAAAACCAAGCGGUCGUUUAUACUAGGGAAUUCGAAUGGCGAAAAGAAAGAAUGGAAACUGAAUAGUGCGCCUGGACUUUUUUCUGGUUGGGGCACAAAGAUAUCAGGAAAUAAGGGGACAGGAGGAGAUGGGUAUCCUAAUCAUGUAAAGAAGGAUUAA